UGUCACUAAAGUGUCAAUGAAAUUAGAUUUUUGUCAUUGCAGAAAAAUACAACAAUUUUUUAUCUAAAAUUCCACUGUCGAAAUUGUAUAAUGCAGUUAUAAAGUGACAAAAUGGCCCAGAAUUUACAGAAGAAACCUUCAAAAGGUAUUCUGAAAACGACGCGGAGUAUUGAUAACUCAAGCGACAAUGGAGCGCCUUCAACAAGUAAGAGGGCAAAAGAACAGAGGUUUGAUGAAAUUAAUAUUAUGGAGACUUUCCACCCGGCAAAUAAAGAUUAUGGGCACAUGAAAGUAGACGAGCCAAAAACGCCUUACUCGGAACCUGUGGACGAACAUUUGGGAACUACAGACGAGGUAGAUGCAAACAUUCUCGCUGCGAAGCUUGCGGCGAGCAUGAACAGGCCUCCCAAGUGCGUGGAACCGUGUGAUAGUGAUGAGGACAUGGACGAACCCGAGGAGGUUCGCCAGCGAAGACGCGAGUUUGAGAAAAAACGGAAAAUGCACUACAAUGAAUUUCAGGCAUUACAAUUGGCAAGACAACUUUUAGCUCAGGAGGAAGAAGAAGAAGAAAAUGAUGACAAACAAACCCAAACUUGACUGCUGCAGCCAGUGGUCUCUAAUUGUACAUAAGACUAAGAAGGCUUUGAGCUGACAUAUGCUUUUAGGAGUACCCUUGCAAUGUUGAUGAAAUUCUCGUUAGACUAGACCUAUCUACAGCUUCCACAUCCUGAUUAAUUUAUUAUUUAGGAUGAACGACACUCACAUCCUCCGGCCUUAUAAAGAUGCUUCACUAUUCCUUUCCUGGUUAGAAUUACAACUUUAUUAAAUUUAAAUUAAAUCAAAAAAGCCAUAUUUAACACAUUUAGUAUCACUUCCCAAAGGCAAAAUAACAUUAUUGUUUCAUUAAACAUUUCUUCAUAAUGUUAUUAUAAAUCAAUCAUAAUGUUAUUAUAAAUCAAAAGAAAGUUGCUGCUAUACAAGUCCUUGAUGUAGCUGCUAUUGUCAUAUGUGAUGUUUAAAAACUUAUAAAUCAUAAUGCUAUAUUUUUGCAGCUUCUUAUUUAAAUGGGCCAGUAGUAAGAUCAAGUCUUUAAAAAAGAAAUAUUUGCUUGCAUAAAAUAGUCAUGUUAUAACAAGUUCUGUAUCUCAAAUGACAUCUGAUGUUCUUAGCAAUAAAAUCGAUGUUCUUUAUAGACUUAAUAUUUAUUAUAAAUAGUAGUAUCGUUGAGAUAGUAUCAUUCUAGAGCAGAAAGAGAUUCUAGAAAAGAAGAAUUCUCGUACUUACUUGGAUGUUAACUCAAUCUGUGUAUAUAUAUAUAUAUUUAUAUGCUCUAUCAGGCUAAGCCCAAUUACAAACUGCUUCUAGCUUAUUAAUGUUUUGUAAGAUAUUGCAGUGAGGCCAACAUGGUAUGUUAAAAUGUUUGUUAGAAUACCAAAGUGUUCAGUGACAAUCAGAGAUUGGAUAAUCAGACGCAUUGUUACUCCAAAAGUGCUUCAUACCACUGGCCUUUUAUGGACAAAUUGAAAAGUAUAUUCUGCAUUUUAACUCCGUGAAGCAAUUCAGCUCUGCACUAAAUUGAAUUACACUGAACUGUAUUUUAGAGCUUGUUUUUUUUUUCAAGUAAAAUUUACCUCUUGCUAUCUACGACAAAUGUGCGACUGUUUAUCUGAUUUCUGGUGACUAUGUGGCAAAAUAUACUGAUUAGCUGUAAUGUAAUGUAGUAAAAAUGAAUUUAACAUUGAAGCAUCAUUGCAGCUUGAAGCCUUAAUGUGUCGUAUCAAUAUUUAUUUAAUCGAUUUUUGUCAACAUUUUCAUUUCAUUACUUUGCAAAGAAUUUAAUAUUUUAAGAUUUGGACAAAUGAUAUUUGUCGAGAAGUGUACUUGAUUUUUGGAUUGACAUGAAAUCCAAACCUUAUGUUACAAGCCAAAAAUCUCAAUUAUCUUUUUUGAGAUGUAAAAUAUUAUUUAAAUAUAUUAAAAAAUCUAGUGGGGUCUUAUGCGAAAACAAGUUUUAAAUUUAAACUAGAACAUGACUAAUAACAUGAUUUAAUGUAUCAUCACAGUUUAUGAAAUAAUUUAAAAAAGAGUUAACAAAUAAACAAACUGUAGGAUAUCAGUAAGUAUAAACUGGUAUCAUAUUUUACUUAAAUGUUUAAAUUGGUAAAAAAUAUAUAAUUUAUACUAUUGCCCCAUCAAACAAGUACAAUCACAUACAAAAUAUUCAACAAUACUUUUAAAUCUUAUUUUUAUCUCCUUUUGCUUUGUUUUUUGUUUCAUGGACAAAACUGUAUUAUUUUUUAUAAGAUUACCUUUACUUUUAUUUAGUUCAUUGCAUAUAUUUUCUUAAUAAUUAAAUACGCCAUUUACAUUAAUUGUAGCCAAGUUAAAAAUUUAAACAAAAAUCGCGAUAGUGUCUUCCCAAAUGUAGGUCAACUUGAUAGGUCAGGUCAAUGAGCACUAAAAACUACUGCAUGAGACAAAUCUAAUUAAUUAUUUUAUGUUCCGGUUAUAGACCGACCAUAGUGGGUUAUUGAGCAAUAUUAAUAAGGCAUGUCUUCCCUCUCCAUGCUCUUUAGGUUAAAGAAAGAGAGCGAAAUUAAGACAUACUUCGUCAACGUUGUUGAAUAACCUUAGAAGAUAUAAUGCAACGCACAGUCCUCACUACGUCUAUAUUCCCAGUAAAGAACUGUCUGCGAACAUUCAAAAGUAGAAAAAAUGGGUAUCUCUUGGUUAGGCAUGUUACAUCUUCGUCUUCAUCGCGACUUAUCAUGAGGUAAGAUGAAAGAUAAAUACCUAAUCCAAUAUUGUAUAAAAAAAAACGUAAGAAAAUUUCAUUUUUUACCUAGUUUUUAGUCCUUCGCGUAAAUUCUAGGGAUCAGUUCAUUUUUCAUACUUUUGAUUUGUGUAUCAGAAAAUUACCUUACCGAUUCGGAGAGGUUUUUUUAAAAUUAUAUAUCGUGAAGAGUUUUCAAGCAAAUGUAAGAAAUCACUUUCGCUUAUGUAAAUUGGGAUUUGUCCAGCCAGAAUAUAUUGAUGGAUGGUACAGUCAACCUCAUAGAACUCUGACGUUGUGUAAUGGAGUUGACUUAGCUGGUUUAUAUGCUGACAGUACUUGUAACUAUAGUGUGACGUCUUACUACUGCGUGUUGUAUAAUAUCUUAAUUAACAUUCACUGCUCGUGGACCCUUCCUCAAUAGUCCAUCUUAGGACGCUAAUCGAAGGUCUUUAUUGUUAUAUUUCUCGAUAAACGACAUUUAAAUAUUAUGCAAAGAGCUGAUUACGAUAAAGUGUACCGUAUAGUUAGGUAGAGUAAUCAGAAAUAUUGCUUUAUUGAUAAAUUUUGAAUUCCCCAUCAAAGUCAUCAUAAUGUUUUUCUUUCUGAGUUGGCAUAAGCAGUUUUUUUGUUAUUUACUUUGCAGCUAAAUAAAUAGAUAUAUCACGUGUCCAUCCCUUACAGGGUAGACAGAGCCAACAGUUUCGAAAGGCCACCUACAGCUGGCUGGCUUCAUGAUAAAAAUAAUUGCGCAAUAUGAAUAAUGGUUUUUUGUAAAAUCAAUGUGUGGGGUAAUUCACGAACAUUUUCGAGGCAUAAGUCUUAUAUUAUCUAAGGUAAACCUAGAGAUACAAAGAGAGAGAUAAGGCAUAAGUCUUAUCCAACCUAUUCAAUAGCUCCCACUGAUAUGUCUUAUUUUCACUCUUUCUUACUGAAGUGAAAGAAGAUAUGCCAUAUCGAAGUGAUGAACAGCCUCACAGGCUUCGUAACGAAAUGUUAAAAGUAUUUUUACAGACAUGCAUUUUUAAAAAAAAAGCAUUUACAAAAAAAAUUGCGUUAAUUUAAUAUGAAAGAUUUAUUUUAGCUUUUGUCUUGGCUUGAAAAAGGCUCAGUAAAUAAUAACUAUCUUAUGAUUCCAAGUUUAGGCGACAUUAAUUGCAUGGUUUUGGCUGUAUGUGGAAAUAUAGUUUGGCAUACAUGCAUAAAUCAGUCAGCAAAGAGUAAAAUAAUAUAAACAGGAUUUAGUUAAUCAACUUUUCUUUUUAAAUGUACUGAAGAAGAUUGAGUUUGUAAAAUCAAAAUAACGCUUAUUUAUUGUUAAGGACUGCAUUGAUGUGCACUCUAACUUUUCAGAGUGAUUUAUAAUUAAAAAAACUAACACAAUAAAGUGCUAAGCAAUAUAUUUUACUUGAAAACAUAUUGGCCUUAUAGAAAUGAAGUUGUUGCGAUUUAUAGAAUGUACAGUGAUGUUAUGAAGCAGCUUCUCCUAAAAUGUAUCUGUAAAUAAAAAUAAAAUUAUUAUCAAACUGA